UUCCCCCUUUUUAACAGCAUCUCAUCAUCGAAACCGCAAAGGAUCUAACCCUGGCACUUGGAGCAUCAAUUUCAUCCUUGGCGUUUGUAAACCUGACUAGAACGCACCGUCUGCAGUGCUUUGCUCAUUGGAGUUCGUUCCGUUGUCUUGGUUUUGCAUUGAUCCAGUUUUGUCUUUUAAAAAAAAAGAGAGAAUCAAUGUUCCAGCUUCCAAUUCUGAAUUUCAGCCCUCAGCAGGUGGCGGGGGUAUGUGAGACGUUGGAGGAGAGCGGAGACAUUGAGCGGCUUGGUCGCUUCCUCUGGUCACUGCCAGUGGCCCCAGCAGCAUGUGAGGCACUCAACAAAAACGAGUCCGUCCUCAGAGCUAGGGCUAUCGUGGCAUUCCACACGGGCAACUUCCGAGAGCUAUAUCAUAUCCUGGAGAAUCACAAGUUCACCAAGGAGUCACACGGCAAGUUGCAAGCCCUUUGGCUAGAAGCACACUAUCAGGAAGCAGAGAAGCUAAGGGGUCGCCCGUUGGGUCCAGUGGACAAGUACAGAGUUCGAAAGAAGUUUCCCCUGCCCAGGACCAUCUGGGACGGAGAACAAAAGACUCAUUGCUUCAAGGAGAGAACGAGGCAUUUAUUGAGGGAGUGGUAUCUGCAGGACCCCUAUCCAAAUCCCAGCAAAAAACGAGAGUUAGCCCAAGCCACUGGACUUACACCUACACAAGUAGGUAACUGGUUUAAGAACCGGAGGCAAAGGGACAGAGCAGCGGCAGCUAAAAACAGGCUGCAGCAGCAGAUUCUGUCACAGGCUUCCGUGCGUUCAUUGAGCGAGGAAGACGCUGCUGUGGAACCACUGGUUGGCGCUUCAAGUCCCGCCGCCAGCUUGUGCAGCGUCUCGGAAAGGAGCAAAGCGGCCACUUCGGCUAUCUCCAUCACAUCGAGCGACAGUGACUGCGACGUCUGAGAAGAGAACCCGGUGCUUGAGGGUGCUUCAAAUUUCAGCACAAUGAGUCCAGUGAACCCAAGCGGAGGACCCCAGUCGCCAGGUCCUUGCAUCAUCCUUUUAGGAAUGGUUUAUUCUGCAUUGACGGCGGAAGGCUUGACGACAACGGUCUUUAAAAUAAAAAAAACUUGUGAUUACCUUUAUUUAAAGGAUACGUAUAGAAAAUAAAUUACCGAAGUGAUGCCUCGACUACCAUUUCUGCCAAGCUGCAAGAUUUUGAGCACCUACCCUGUAACUUCGUGGGUAUUUCAUGUUGAAAGAAGGUGUUAUAUUUUUACUUUACUUUAAAGUUUAUAUAUACAUAUGUUUGUUUAUCUAUUUAAAAGAAUCGUUUUGUUAGCUUUUUGCAUUCUUUGUAUGUUCAUUUGUG